AUCGAGAAUGUGGACGCCUGUCUCAGUUUCUUGGACGCCAGAGGAGUGAAUGUCCAAGGGCUCUCAGCAGAAGAGAUCAGGAAUGGCAACCUAAAGAGCAUCCUGGGCCUCUUCUUCAUCCUCUCACGCUACAAGCAGCAGCAGCAGCAACAGCAGCAGUACUACCAGUCCCUGGUGGAACUCAGCCAGCAGACCAGCAGCACUGCGCCGUCCACCUGCAGCCUCAAAACACAAGAGAUGCAGUCCAGUCUCACAGCGCGAUAUGCAAGUCCUCCAGGCCACAGUGGAAUAGGGUCACCACAGAAGAAAAACACGAGGUUACCAGGGCCGUCCAGAGGACCUGCUGCAGGCAGCGGGGUGUCCAGAGGCUCGGGCUCCUCUAACCUCAAUCGUCGUAGCCAGAGCUUCAACAGCAUCGACAAGAGCAAGCCUCUUCAGUAUGCAAGCGGCAAUGAUAGAGAGUCGGUGAGGGGCAUCCCUGUACCCAGUGGCGUGAAUGGAAGUGGUAUUGGUGGGAUGGUUCCCACCAGCCUCAGUGGGCAGCAGCUGGCUUCUGCCAUCCCCUCACCCACAGCUGGGAAGUCCUGGCGCAGCAAGUCCAUGAACCUCAAGCACAGUGCCACUUCCUCCAUGCUGACAAGCCCCACGCACUCACCUUCCACGACCCCUUCACCCCAGGCCCUGGAAGGUAUUCAGGCGCAUGGGAGUGAGGGGUCCAACGUCGGGUCUGGCGCCGCACCUGCACAGAGGUCAAUGCUGGAGAAGUUCCGUCUUAUUAACCCCCGGUCGGCCUCGAGAGCGUCACCGUCCAUGGCGGAAAUGACUCUGCAGGAGGAGGAUGACCUGUCAGAGUAUGAUGAUGAUGGUCAGACCCCGGUGGGGUCGGUGUGCAGUAGUGGCAGUAGCAGUGCUACCGCCAAACAAGCCUCAGCAAAGUCGCCAGCGUCAUCCCUUUCUGCGCCUAACAAAACCUCGUCUUCAUCCUCAUCAAAAACGUCUACCAGUACUAGUAGAUCCAUGACCCCAGGCAAAGACAAAGAGGGAAAGAAGUCCGGGAAAUCUUCAAAGGACAGUUCUCCUCCAAAAGAGGAGCGUGAGAAUUCAGCCGACUGCACGAAAAAAACCUCUAAAAUAGCCAGCCUCAUCCCCAAGGGAGGAAAGUCGUCGUCAGGGAAGAAAGAUGGCGGCACUUCCUCAGCUUCCACCGGCAUCCCAAAACCAGGACUUAAAGCUCCGUCUACGACAUCGGGCAAGCCUCAGAGCCAGUCACAGAACCAGAACCAAGCUGCCUUAAACAGCAGUGGCAACAUGCGGGCAGGCGAAGGAGAGAGAGCCAAGCUAACCAAAGGAGGACAAGGUGGAAGUUUUUACACACAGCGCUCCGUCGGGGGUCCAGAGGCCAAACGGACCAGCAUGACCUCGUCUACCAGUACCUCAGCCCUUUCCGGAUCCAGCGGGGUGCUUGUAGGAGGAGGAGGAGGAGGAGGCGGGGCACUCGGAGGGAAUGGAGUGGUUCAGCUUCCACAGCAGCAGCAACACAACCACCCCAAUACUGCCACGGUGGCACCCUUCAUGUACAGGACAUUCUCAGAAAACGACUGCACCAUGGUGGCCCCAGCUGACCCCUGUCUCAGCCCCACCAAGGGAGAGCUGGUCUACAGCAAGACAGCCAAACAGUGCCUGGAGGAGAUAUCAGGAGAGGAUCCGGAGACAAGGCGUAUGAGGACGGUGAAGAACAUCGCUGACCUGCGGCAGAACCUGGAAGAGACCAUGUCGAGUCUGCGGGGGACACAGAUCAGCCACAGUCCUGAUAUCUUGGAACCAGCUCUCAAAAAAACUGUGAGCCAAUGGCCUCACGGAGAAUCUAAGAACACAAGCACAUUAGAAACAACCUUUGACACUACGGUGACGACAGAGGUGAACGGGCGGAGUCUCCCUGCCCUCGCUGCACGCUCCUCCCCCAUGGCCUGGCGUCUUGGUCAAACUCAAACCCCCCGUCUCCAAGCAGGUGAAGCCCCCUCGAUGCCAAGUGGGUACUCUGCGCCCAGACCCAGCACAGCAGGUGCUGCUGCCAAUGCAGGCCGCUACAGCGGCCACUCAGAUCCUUCCAGAUACCUGACCGACAGUGCCCUCCAUCUGUAUGGAAGGAACACCAGCCGGUCCUCUGAUGUAGCUCCUACCCGGGAGAUCACCCAAAGAGGAAGCAAAGAGAUGCAGGGUGACAUUGACAGUUGGGACGACAGCAGCUCGGUGAGCAGCGGACUCAGCGACACAUUGGACAACUUCAGCACAGAUGAUCUGAAC